GUCACGUGGGCGGUAUGGGGGGCGGGGGCUCUAGGGCCACAGAGCGCCGUGCUGUACUGUGAGGUGGUGGGUCUCUCAGCUGACCCUUUAGGGAAUGGAAGGAUGGAGCGAAAUCAGAAGACCCACAGGCCUUCUGAUUUCCGUGGAGGGCGCAUCCAGCCCCUUUUCGUGGCCUCGCCAGCGCAGAGCACCAAUGUCAGCCAGGAGAGCGCAGUAUCAUCCUCUUUUGCCCACAACGCCCAGGACCGACCCAGGACCCACAGGGCCAAGAGAAAGGGCAAAGACCAUGACAGUGAGGGAAUCGGGCACCGGCUACUGGAUAUGAUGAGAAAAACUCUUACGGUGUCUGAGAAUAAAGAAAUGGAUGCAGCACCUGAGAGAUCAACUUUGGUUCCAUUUGGGGAUGUGGUUGGCUGCCUAGCUGUUCACAUACAGAGUUGCAGACAUUUUUUGCCUAUGAUCUACUUAAAGCAUUACACAAAUUUGUACAUUCGCAUCUCCGUAAACAGCUUUGUGAAAUAUACAAAAAGUUUUAGCUUGCUCUCUGGAAACAAUGAAAAGAAUAUUGUAAUUAAAUUUGAUGAAAUGAAGUUCUUUUCCAUACAGGUUCCCAGACAUCAAGAUGAUAAGCGGAAUAAUAUUUCCUUGGAACUGGUGCAAUACAGUGAUACAGAAAAUUAUCUUCUCCUCUUAGGAAGUGCUGAGGUGCAUCUUUAUGAAGUAAUUCAGAAAAUGUGUUUUACUGAAGAAUUACAAAUGUUAAAUGAAAACACAUGUGUCUGCAGGUUGGAUGUGGAACUUAUGUUUGCCUAUGGAUCCUUUGGUUACGGAUUUUCACAUCAGUUAAAACCUCUUCAAAGAAAUAUUGAGCCUACUAUGUUUUUGAAUGUUGCAUCACAUCCAAAAAGAAAAGAUCUCCCAAUAAAUAUUGUCACACCACAGCCUGUUACUGUUGAGAAUUCAGCUGACAGACAACACCCCAACCAGCCACCUAUAGUACAACUUGAAAAUCCCCGGGAAAGGUUGGAAAAAAUGAAAAAGGAAUAUAGAAAUCUGAGUACAUGGAAAGAAAAAGCUGAUUAUUUGGAAAGCAUACUUAAUCCAGAAUUGGAACAUAAGAAUUCCAAGGAAACUAAUAUAAAUAAGAUGUCAGAAAGCCUAAAUAAUAACCAAUAUGAAAAGAAGUCUGAAGAUACUAUAACAUUAGAUGUCCCACUUAGAAGCAGUGAAGGUGAAAUUACACCAGUUGAGUUGCUGGAAAAUGAUAAGAAAGACCUGACUAUACCAACUUUGAACCUUUGGGACCAAGAUAAUUCAAUUGCUGUUAUUCCAAGAAUUGAUGAGUCAACACUGCCACCCACAGAUAUUCCACUGUCCAUUAUUCCUACCCUUAAAGUAACAGAAGAGGGGAAAAUACCACCUUUAGAUGAACAAUCAAAAGCCAUACUAAAGGAUAAAAUGAAAGAUACACUGUUGCCACCAGUAGUAAGACUGAGAAAUACACAUCCAAACAUUUUAAAAACAGACUCUUCUUCAGCAAAGAUUCCAAAAUUUACAAACAAGGCAAGUUUUGAUCCUAUUUUAAGGACUAUAGACGACAAACUAUCAGCCAGAAGUAGCAAAGGACAAGAUAUGUACAAAAAUAGAUACAUUUUACUGGCAGAGGAUAUAGAGUAUGAAGACCAAGACCCUCCUUACCCAGCAUUUUCAAACGCUGCAGGAUAUCCCAACAAUACCUGGGCCCCUGAUCCUAAUAUCAUCACAAAAACGACAUCGGAUAUAAAGAAAGUAUUGAAGAGAGAAAAUACAAAACUCAAGGUUCAAAAGGAAAGAAAAUGUGCUGGUAAAUCAAAAAAGUUGUCUAACUGCACAGGAAGGCUGUUACCACCUGCUCUUCCCACCACAGCCAUCUGUCUAAGGAAAUCCAUUCCAAAGACUUGGCUUCAUUGGACUCCAAGAACAACCAUACACGAUUGUUUGGAUAAAUAUGAGGAUUUAUAUGUGAACCCAGUUAAGCAUCCUACAAAAACAAAAUCAAGAGCAAGACUUGUAGGAAAGAACCCAGAUGAUAGCCAUAAUCAGGGAAAACAUGUUGCAAGACCUUAUACUGCUCCAGACCCUAACAAACAACAAGAAAGCUACACUAGAAAAUUUCCAAGUCCUCGAAUGGUUUCAGCAGGCUUAAUCCACAUCAAUGAUUCAACUCUAGACCAUACUAUGAAUAAAAUGUGGCCCCCCCAAAAUUAAAAGAAGAUACUGAAAAAUGUUGCUCAUUUGUGAUAUUAAAAUAUUAAUGUUAAGUGGAUCAGAAUGAUAUGUGACUCAAAAUAUCCAUUAACAAAAUGGUCUGGAGAUCUGUUCUUGUAUGUUAUUGAUUAGAAGUUAGCAACCAAAUUCCAUCUUAUGAGAAACAUUUUGUUAUGACUAAAAUGAAAAAUGAACACAUUUGAAGUAAA